GUCAACUUUUCACACUGUUGUCUUUUUCUGAUUUAUUGCCAUACCUUGUUUUUAUUUCAAGUUUCAAAGUCUUGAUUGCUUGCAUGUAUUUGUAAUGCUAAGGACAAGCCAAAACUUAUUUCUAAUUAGCAUCAUAUUGCACCCAUUCCUCCUUCCCCGGCCCCCAAGCUCAUAUAAUGGUCAACUUAACUUGCAAUUGAACAGCCAUUUCAAACAUUUUCCUUCUUAUUUUAUAUGCAUGGGUAGUACCAUUUACUGAGUCGUGGGUACAAGAAAAACAAACACUUCCUACCUAUCUAACAUUUUUCUUCCUUUCUGUAUAUAUACUAGAACCUACAUAUGCAUUCAUUAUUCCUGUUAUAUAUGGCAUCAGAUUAGAAAGAAGAAAACCGGUGGCUGUUCGAUCAUUUCUGAAAUUUAAAGGAUUUGCUGAGUCCAUGUUUCCCACGAACGUGUUCGAUUCUCAUCAGCAGCACAUGAUGCUUGAUAUGUCAUCGUCUCACAAUGAGAGUGAUUUGGGAAUAAGGACCGGAGAUGAUGAGUUCUUUGACAUUAAAUCUGCUACUGAGAUCGUCAUGGAAGCUCCUUCCGGUGAUGAUGAGCAAGAUCCCAACCAACGACCCAAAAAGAAGGGUUACCAUCGCCACACACAGCACCAGAUACAAGAAAUGGAAGCGUUCUUCAAGCAGUGUCCACACCCAGAUGACAAGCAAAGAAAGGAGCUGAGCCGUGAGCUGGGAUUAGAGCCAUUGCAAGUAAAGUUUUGGUUCCAAAACAAGCGGACACAGAUGAAGGCACAACAUGAGCGACACGAGAACGCUAUAUUAAAGGCUGAGAACGAGAAGCUUCGUGCCGAGAACAGCAGAUACAAGGAGGCCCUAAGCAAUGCUACUUGCCCCAACUGUGGAGGACCUGCUGCCCUUGGUGAAAUGUCCUUUGACGAGCAGCACCUCCGGAUUGAGAAUGCUCGUCUCAAACAAGAGAUUGAUAGGAUUUCGGGAAUAGCGGAGAAAUAUGUUGGGAAGCCAGUGACUUCCUCUCACAAUAGCAAUCACAUGGCUCCACAUUCUCGCUCGCUUGAUCUUGGAGUUGGUAGCUAUGGUGGAGGAUCACAGUCCUCAGCCGGCGGCAUGGUUGGAGAGAUGUAUGGCGGCAGUGAGCUUCUGAGGCCGUUCCCAGUUCCUUGUGAUUCGGACAAACCCAGGAUUGUGGAGCUUGCUGUGGCAGCUAUGGAGGAACUAACAAGACUAGCUCAGGUUGGAGAUCCUUUGUGGGUCCAAAGCAACCAGCACUGUACUGAGAUUCUAAACGAAGAUGAAUACUUGAGGACCUUUAGAGUUAUAGGCCCAAAAGCGUUGGGCUUGAGAUCUGAAUCCUCAAGAGAAUCCGCGGUGAUUAUCAUGAAUCACACUAAACUGGUUGAGAUACUAAUGGAUGUGAAUCAAUGGUCAACAAUGUUCUGUGGUAUUGUGUCAAGAGCGUUGACACUUGAAGUGCUUUCAACCGGAGUGGCAGGAAACUAUAACGGAGCGUUGCAAGUGAUGUCGGCUGAGUUCCAGGUGGCAUCGCCUCUUGUUCCAAGCAGAGAGAACUAUUUCGUAAGGUACUGCAAGGAACAUCCGGAUGGGAGAUGGACAGUGGUAGAUGUGUCGUUGGAGAAUGAGAGCAGAAGCCGAAGAAGCAGCCGAAGAAGGCCCUCUGGCUGCUUAAUUGAAGAACUCCCAAACGGCUACUCCAAGGUGACAUGGAUUGAGCAUGUAGAAGUGGAUGACAGAGGCGUGCAUAGCCUCUACAAGCCAUUGGUGAAGUGCGGGCUGGCCUUUGGAGCUAAGAGGUGGAUGGCGACGUUAGAGAGACAAUGCGAACGUGUUGCGAGUUACAUAGGAGGAGGAGCAGGGGAGCUGUGUGGUACGAGUGCGGAGGGAAGGAGGAGCAUGCUGAAGUUGGCAGAGAGAAUGGUGAUGAGCUUCUGCACUGGAGUGGGAGCUUCCACGGCACAUGCAUGGACCACUCUGUCGUCGGAUAUGGAUGAUGUGAGGGUUAUGACGAGGAAGAGCAUGGACGACCCUGGCAGACCCCCUGGCAUUGUCCUCUGCGCUGCCACUUCCUUCUCCCUCCCUGUUCCUCCCAACACUCUCUUUCAUUUCCUCAGAGAUCAGAACUCCCGAAGCCAGUGGGAUAUCCUCUCCAACCGAGGCCUUGUUCAAGAAAUCACACACAUAGCAAGCUCUGCCAACGUGCUCUCUCUGCUUCGCGUCAAUAGUGUGAAUUCGAGCCAAAGCAACAUGCUGAUACUUCAGGAGAGUUGUACAGACUGCAGUGGAUCCUAUGUGGUAUAUGCACCCGUGGACAUGGCUGCCAUGAAUAUAAUUCUUAGUGGCGGGGAUCCAGAUUACCUGGCCCUGCUUCCCUCGGGUUUUGCGAUUCUUCCUGAUGGCCUUGCUGCAUCUUCUGGAGGGUCUCUCCUCACGGUUGCGUUUCAGAUCUUGGUUGACUCCGCCCCAACCGCCAAGCUAUCCCUGGGUUCAGUCGCCACUGUUAACACUUUAAUUAAGUGCACCGUUGAAAGAAUCAAAGCUGCUGUCAUUUCUGACACUACCUCAUUUCACAACCUUGCUUCCUAGCUAGCUAAUGUUAGAAGAAUCAAGAUAGCAGCUUUCAGAACAAGUCAAUGAACGCACCUUAGAGUAUCUUUGCAAAGUUACAACUUCAACUAGGAAGGAUCACUCUUAGGUUCGGGUAUUGACUUUCAAAUACUGAAAAACCAUCAACCCACCCUUCUCUCUCUCUUUGUGAUGUUUUAGCUUAGAGUAACUCUGGAUUUUACCAUGCUUAAUUUAGUUUAGCCUAGACUACUUUAAUUAAUCGGUUUCGUAUUGUACACUUGGUGAUGAUCUAACUUUUCUAGUUUGGUUUACUUUUUUUUGUUCUUGUAUUGUGAAAAGUGUUUACUUUUAGUGUUUAAUAUUUUUAAUUUAAGUUCCUAGUGAUCAGUAAUGCUAUAAGUUUAAUAUAAUUUAUUA